GCCGGUAUCCCCGUCCGCCUACUAAAUGAAGCACAGGGUCACGUGAUCUCGCUUGAGCUCACCACGGGCGACACGUAUCGAGGCAAGCUUGUCGAAAACGAAGAUAACAUGAACCUUUCGUUGACAGACGUCACGAGGACCAAGGGCCUCACGGGUGAAACCUCCUAUAUGAACCAAGUCUUUGUGCGGGGCUCCAUGAUCCGUUUUGUGAGCGUGCCAGAUAUAUUGAGAAAUGCCCCGAUGUUUCUAAUGAGCCCCGGAGAUAAGCCCCGGCCUCCGGUGAGAGGGCCU